ACGGGACCGCACCCACCCAGUGCUACACGCAAACCCCACCCCCACCCAACCAAUCCCCGUCAAGUCUCUCUCUCUCUCUCUCUCUCUUUCUCUGUGGAAACGCGCUCCGAUCCAUCGUCAACAUCGAACCUCCGAACCCCAACCCCGACCUCGACCUCACCUCCCUCUUCCAUCUCAUCGCCAUGGCCUCCGAGCAGGACGGCGCAGCGGUCUUCCCCGACGAGGAGGACCUCGAAGACGACGACGACAGCCAGGACGACGACGACGACGACGACGAGGAGCUCCUCCCCAACCACGCCGUCCUCCCCUGCGUCGUCGACGACGACGACGACGACGACGAUGUCUUUGACGACGACGCCAACUCCGCCUCCACCUCCUCCUCCCUCCCCACCGCCACCCCACUCGACCCCGCCCUCCCCCCCUCCUCCGCCGCUGUCACCGUCGCCGUCCCCGCCCCCAUCCGCCCCGAUCCCCUCCCCGUCGUCCCUCCCGUUCCCCCCUCCUCCUCUUCCUCCGCCGCCGUCUCCAUCGCCGCCCCCGCCGCCUCCCCCGUUCCCCCGAUCGUCGGCACGAUCUCCCCUUCCGAGCUGAAGCGGCCCUCCCCAGCCGUCACCGUCGCCAAGCCCCUGUUCCAGCGCCUCUGGACCGACGAGGACGAGAUCGAGCUCCUCCGCGGGUUCCUCGACUACACCACGCAGCGCGGCGGGGCGCCCUCCGGCGGCCACCACGACACCGCCGCGUUCUACGACCAGAUCAAGUCCAAGCUCCAGCUCGAUUUCAACAAGAACCAGCUCGUAGAGAAGCUCCGCCGGCUUAAGAAGAAGUACCGGAACGUGAUCAGCAGGAUGAGCUCCGGCAAGGACUUCUCUUUCAAGAGCCCCCACGACCAGGCCACCUUCGAGAUCUCCCGCAGGAUCUGGACCAACGUCGCCGCUGCCGCCGCCGCCACUCCCGGCUCUAACAACGAUCACAUCGAUGAUGACGAUGACAACACCCUUCGAAACCCUAGUUUCAAUAAUCACCUUUUUAGCACUCCUAAUCCUAACCCUUUUUUUGAUCCAACGUCAACGCCCACAAAGUCGCGCAAAAGACAGCGUCCUUCGCAGCCACAGCCUCAUCCACAGCAGGUGCAGGUGCAGCUACAGCAUGUGAAGGUGGAGGAGAGGAAUUUAGGGGUGGAUGGUCCUACCGUAUCAAACAAUGCAAAUCCAAAUUUGAAUCUGAAUAUGAAUGCAAGUGCAAAUGUCAAUGCGAAUCCGAAUGUUGCUGGAGUGAUUGAGGAUACUGUGAGGAGCUGCUUAUCGCCAUUGUUUAAGGAGUUGUUGAGUGGGGCCACAAUGGGCGGGGGAUUUGGCGGUGGGGGUUCAAGAGGAGGGUUUGGGUAUAUUGCAGCGGCGUUGAAUCCGAUGCCGUUCAGUUAUGGAGUGGGAUUUGGAGUGGGCAGCACCGCUGAAAUGGCGGACGAGAGGUGGAGGAAGCAGCAGAUAAUGGAGUUGGAGGUGUACUCGAAGCGGUUGGAGUUGGUGCAGGAUCAUAUCAAGGCGACUAUAGAGGAGCUGCGUUCUAGCGGAGGAGGGUGAUUUAAGGUAUUAGCCACUGGGGUUUUCAAUUUCAUGGGAUGUCAGUUGUAAGCGAGUUUGAGUUCUCUUGUUUCCCCCACUCAGCUUUCGAGAAAUUGAUUGGGCAUUGAUAAAUAGAUGACACUUGAUAGUGUAGUGGCCAGUUGAGAUUUCGGUUUCGCCUUUCUUCGAAAGAUGAUAGGGCAGUUGUUGAAUAAUUAUUUCUAAUUAUUUAGCCUCCGAUAGAUUGGUCAUGUUUUCCUCAGUUAUGUAGAUAACGGCUACUACGAAUCAACAAUGGUAGAUGAAAUAAUGGAAUUGCUCUAACUUUCCUGGCAGGAUCUGUCCUGUGGGAUUUCUGAACUGUCUUCAGUUCAUGCAAGUUCUUA